GUGGAGCCGGGGAGCUUUUUUCAGCGACUAACUGGAGGUGUAAAAACUGGGGUCAUAUUGAAAGAUGUGUCGUUUACGACACACAGCGGGGAGGUCACGGCUAUCCUCGGAUCUAAAGGUAGUGGUAAGCGAGCUCUGCUCGACGUGAUAGCCCGUCGCGUGCCGUCCAAAGGUCACAUCUUACUCGAGGGAGUUCCUCUCGAAGAAGAUCAGUUCAACAACACAUGCGCCUUGGUCCGCCACUCCACUAAGCUGUUACCGGGGCUCACAGUACAGCAGACAUUGGCACUCUCACUCACCAAGAUAUCGGGUUAUCUUAAAUCGUCAAAAGUGAAACAAGUUAUGGCAGACUUGGCGUUAUCACAGGUUGCUAAUAAAUGUGUCACAAACUUGACAAAGAGCGAAUAUCGAAGAUUAGUUAUUGGGGUCCAGCUUAUUCGAGAUCCCAUUAUAUUGCUCCUAGAUGAGCCAACAUGGGACCUCGAUCCACUAAGCACAUAUCUAGUGAUAUCCAUACUAUCUAACGCUGCGAAAAAAUAUGGUACCGCCAUCAUAUUGACUAUGGAAAAACCUCGAUCAGAUGUGUUCCCGUUUUUGGACCGAGUGGUGUAUUUAUGUCUCGGAGACGUGGUGUACGCGGGACCCACCAGAAACCUGCUCGACUACUUCGGCAGCAUCGGUUUCCCUUGCCCACAGCUGGAGAACCCGCUCAUGUAUUAUUUAUGUCUAUCAACGGUGGACAGAAGGUCUCGCGAACGGUUCAUAGAAUCUAACCAUCAGAUCGCGGCGUUAGUGGAGAAGUUCAAACUAGAAGGGCAGGGUAUAAUGCAAGGCCAUAUGGGGGAGCAUAGUCGCAUCGUGAACCCCAAUAAGGCGUACGGGAAACCUGGUGGAGUACAGGUCGUAUGGAUGCUCUAUGUGCGUAUGUUAGUUUCAAUAUUCAACUUGAAGAAAAAUGGAUUGAAACAGAUGUUUAUGCGAUUAUUUUCACUUCCAUUAUAUUUCUUGAUAUUAUGGAUAUUUUACAAUGAAGCGAAGGAUUACCAGAGAGCGUUCAUUACAAAAAGUGGACUCAUAUUUAAUGCUAUGGUCGGCACUUAUUUCGUCAGCAUUAUGAACACGAUAUGUUUAUUUGGUCCAUACCGCACCCGCUACUAUCAAGAAUCCCAGGAGGGCCUGUAUAGCGGCGCCAGUCUCCUUCUCUCCUGGAAUCUGGUCUCUUUGGUAUUCUCAUUCAUCACCACAUUCGCAUCCGCUGCCAUUGUAUAUCCGAUCCUCGGUGAUAUCACAGAAACCAUAGACUACGUGUACUUCGCUUUAGCACUUUGGUCGUGUUACAUAUACGGUGAGCAGCAAGCUAUUGCCGUCAUGAUGAUAGUCAAGAACGGUUUGAUAGCUGCCGUCGUCAACAUAUACAUCACCUGCAUUUACGUCAUGCUGGCCAGUGGUGUACUUAGGUCCUACAAAGGCUACGAAGACUGGCUUUACUACAUCACAUAUAUAACUCACACACGCUACACUUCAAUUUUCCUGCACCAGAAAAUAUUCAAGCAGCCGAUAUUCAACAUUUUGCCGUAUAACGAUCAGGAGAACUGUACGUCCAUCGCAAGUCUCAUUCAGACCUCCUCCAGUCUCAACACCAACUCUAAUUCCAACUGUAGAUACGCAAACGGCAAGGCAUUCCUCACCGAAAGAUUCACCUCUAAGAAUUUCGUCGGAGACAUAUACACUCUGGGGGAUUUCAACCUAGAGUUCAAUCUAGGGAUUUCUUUCGCAUUCUCAGUUGGAAUCAUGGUCUUGAAUAAAUUUAUUUACUUGAUGCCACUGCCUGGUUACAUAAAAGAUAAAUUUAGAGAAUGA